CUUCUAAAAAAAGAAGCAGACAAUAAAAUAACAAGAAUAAUAAAGAAUAGCAGCGACCUCGACAGUCGACAAUGAACAAAUGGGGCUCUAUAAAGCAGGACUCUGCGCAUUGCGGACUCGGUGUUCGAUCGGUCACCGGAGAGAGCGAUGGCCACCGAAGAGUGUUCUCCGAGCCUGUACCGAUUUCUUGCGGAUCGAUGCGAGACUUUGGAGGCGAGUCACGCGAGACUUGGCGACCAAAUCAACGAGCUUAUGGAGUACAAUAAGAAGAAGAGCGAAGUGGCCGUGGUGUCAAAAUCUGGUUGGGGAUGCGUUCCGGGAUUCUUCUCUGACGGAAAUCCGUUCAGGAGUAUUUUAGACUCCAUGGGAAACGCAGUUCAUGUGUGCAGUGCUUCCUCUGGGGAGAUCAUAUAUUGGAAUCGCUCGGCAGAAAGCCUCUUCGGAUGGAGGGAUUAUGAAGUGCUUGGAGAAAAUGUAUUUAUCCUUGUUGAUGAAGAGUACUAUGCACCUCUGAGGAAAAUUAUGGAAAGGUUGAGCUCUGGACAAGUAUGGUCGGGUCAGUUCCCUUUUAAGAAGAGGUCCGGUGAAAAUUUCAUGGCAAUGGUGACAAAGAGCCCACUGCAUGAAGGCAAUGAGCUUGUUGGCUUCAUCACUGUUUCAAGUGAUGCAAAAGUAUUUAAUAGUUCAAAUUCAGAAAAGACUAGACCAUAUCAAGAUCGCAGCCGAUUGCAAAGCUUUAACUUGAAAAAUAUUCAGUCGCACCCACAUCCUCAGAUUGCACCAGCACCACAUAUUGCUUCGUCUGUCUCCAAUCUGGCUUCAAAACUUCUUUCUCGGAGACAUGGAGAAAAUGAUACUGCGGCGUCCGCGAUUACCAGGGAUAGCGAGGGCGCUACUACUGAAUGUCGAUAUUUUAAGUUAGAGAGGCCUGGAACAAUUGCAGCAAAGGUUUUAGCAAAGCUGCACAUCUGGAAAGAAGAAGACAAAAAUGUUCGACAAGGUGAUGCGAAUGGUGCUUCAGUUAACAAUGAAGAGGUAACUCGGGCUCAUUCUCCUGAAGGUUCACAGGCAUCCAUUUUUUGCUGUCUCAAUGCAGAAGCUAAGGGAGAAUGCCCAGAGAAAAUAGUUUCCCCCUUUGGCGCUAAAAGUGCCCAUUCAAAACUAGAAGAUCCAUUGCCAAUACUAAGUUUUCAAGAAGUUGGGAAUGAGUUGGAACCAGGAGCACUGAACUUAGAAGCUUUGCCUGUGGAAAAUGAAGCACAAAGACAGUCUGACAGUAAAAGGCUUUCAAGUUUAGAAGAUAGUAUUGGCAGCCAUGGAAGUUCUUCAAGCAGAGGAGAUGAUGAGUCAAACUCAAUGAUAGAUUGUGAGAUCCAAUGGGAAGACCUACAAGUUGGUGAGGAGAUUGGCCAAGGUUCAUAUGCUGUUGUUUAUCGUGGGAUUUGGAACGCAUCGGAUGUUUCUAUUAAGGUGUUUUUUCACCAUGAACAUGGCAAUGGAACCUUUCAAGACUACAAAAAAGAGAUUGAGAUAAUGAGGAGUCUGAGACAUCCAAAUGUAUUGCUGUUCAUGGGAGCGGUGUGUUCAGAACAACGGCUAGCCAUUGUCACAGAGUUCUUACCCAGGGGAAGCCUUUUUAGAACACUUCAUAAGAACAAUCAGGCAUUGGACAUGAGGAGGCGAUUGAGGAUGGCCCUUGAUGUUGCUAGAGGCAUGAAUUAUCUGCAUCACAGGAAUCCACCAAUUAUACAUAGAGAUCUAAAGUCUUCUAACCUGCUCGUUGAUAAGAACUGGAAUGUUAAGGUUGGAGACUUUGGCCUUUCAAAAUGGAUGGAUGCAACUUUCUUAACAACAAAAUCUGGGAACGGAACACCUCAGUGGAUGGCUCCUGAAGUCCUUCAAAAUGAACCUUCAAAUGAAAAGUCUGAUGUUUUCAGUUUUGGGGUUAUUUUAUGGGAGCUGAUGACAAAUAAGAUUCCAUGGAGCGGCCUAAAUGCCUUACAGGUAGUAGGAAUUGUUGGCUUCAUGAACAGAAGAUUAGAGAUACCAGAAGACAUUGACACCCAAGUAGCAUCUAUCAUCCAUGCCUGUUGGAAAAGUGAUCUAAAAGAGCGACCGUCAUUUGAAGAAAUAAUCCAGGAAAUGACAGGCCUGAUACAAAAAUUCCCAGCAGCAUCAGCUCGAAGGAGCUCAGAAUCUUAAGAGUUCCGCAUCAGUUAAAAUACACAGUUUUGUUUUUGUCAUGCAUAGCAAUUAGGGAGUUAACUAGCUAGGCGAUAAAUCUAGUGGUAAUAUAAUUCUCAUAGUUUGAAGAUGAAUUAGGGGGUGUGCUGUGUAUUCCCUUGAAGUCAUAUAGAAAGAAAUAGCAUAAAGUCCUUAAAAGAUCAAUGUACGCUCAUCUCUUAGAUGUGUGGACGCAUUUCCUUCCAAAAUAAACCAGUUGAUGUUUCCUAUAUCCACUCUUCGUUCCAGCACAUGGAAUAGAAUAUCAUUUUUUUUUUCCAUAUUUAGGGCUAUUUGAUUUUGUUUCCUUUUGCUGAAUUCUCCUGUUUGUGCUUUGAUUGUCUUCUCUUCUC